AUGAAGACGAACCUUGUUUUCUUGAAGGGCCUUUUUGCCGGAGCCAUUGCCGCUUCCAUGGGCUCAGACACUGUCCACGAGAAGCGCGAUGUGUCCAGCAGCCGAUGGACGAAGCGCGAGGCUGUAGAUGCCAACACCAAGGUUCCCGUCAGGAUCGCUCUCAAGCAGAAGAACCUGGACAAGGGCAUGGACUACCUCCUCGAAGUCUCUGAUCCGUCCUCUGCCAAGUACGGCCGGCACUACUCCAAGGAUCAGGUCGUCGAGCUCUUCGCGCCCGAUGAGGGCGCCAUCAACUCGGUCAAGAGCUGGCUGACCAAGUCUGGCGUCUCUGCCGACAGCAUGACCUCCCCCAAGAGCAAGGGCUGGGUCGACUUCCAGUCCACCGUGGGACAGCUGGAAUCUAUCCUCAAGACCAAAUACCACAUGUAUGACCACAUCCAGGCUCGGAACGCCCACAUGGGCGCGGACGAGUACUCGCUCCCCAGUGACAUCUCGGACCUCGUCGACUUCAUCACCCCCGGCGUCGUCAUGUCGCAGACCACCAGGCCUUCCCCGGAGGCCAAGCGAAGUGACGGCCGCAUAUUGAGGCCUCACAAGCCCUUGUCGGCUGAAGCGGCCGAGUUCCUGGCAGCUCACCCGAAUGCCACCGAUAGCUGCGCCGAGUACAUCACGCCCGCGUGUAUCAAGUCUCGGUACAAUAUCUCAGAUGGCGCCCUGCACCAUGACUCCAACCGCAUGGGUAUCUUCGAGACGUCCGACGACGUCUACUCCCAGGAGGACUUGGACUCCUUCUACUCCAAAUACGCACCGCGAAUUCCCCAAGGCACCGGACCCAAGAAGGAUCUGAUUGACGGCGCCACGGCCCCCGUGGACCAGGACAGCGCUGGCGGCGAGUCGGAUCUUGACCUUGAAAUCGCCAUCCCCAUCAUCUACCCCCAGGGGGCCGAGCUGUACGAAGCUGCCACCCGCAAGGGUGACAUCUUCAACACCUUCCUCGACGCCGUGGACGGCAGCUACUGCAACAACCCUGGCGACGACCCGGCCGUCGAUAGAAAGACGCCCGACGAAAUGUGCGGCACCUUCAAAGCCGCCAACGUCAUCUCCUUCUCCUACGGCACCGCCGAGGCCGACUACCCCGUCAAGUACCUCCAGCGGCAAUGUGACGAGUUCAUGAAGCUCGGUCUCCAGGGCACCUCGGUCGUCUUCUCAAGCGGCGACGACGGCGUUGCCCGACGGUCGGGUCCCUGCCUCGGCCCCGACGACGACAUCUUCACUCCCAGCCAGCAAGCCAGCUGCCCGUACGUGACUGCGGUCGGGUCUACCGUCCUCCUCGCCGGCGGGGAGGAGAUUGCUACCGAGUCCUUCUCCUCGGGCGGCGGAUUCAGCAACAUCUGGCCCACGCCCGACUACCAGAAGGAUGCCGUAGCUGCGUCGUACACGACGCAGGACGGCACCAUCCCAACCAUCGGCGGAGGCAUCUACAACCGCGCCGGCCGCGGCUACCCCGACGUCGCGGCCCUCGGCGACAACGGCGUCGUCGUGGUCGGCGGCCGGCCGGGCACCUCGGGGGGCACGUCGAUGAGCGCGCCCCUCGUCGCCGCCAUCUUCACCCGCAUCAACGACGAGCGCAUCCAGGCCGGCAAGGCGCCCAUCGGCUUCGCCAACCCCGCCCUGUACAAGAACCCGGCCAUGUUCACCGACGUCGUCAAGGGUGACCAGGCCAAGGGCGGGCCCGACGGCGACGGCCAGCCCAGUGCCUGCGGCAACAAGGGAUUCUCCGCCGUGCCGGGCUGGGACCCUGUGACUGGGCUGGGCACGCCCGUCUACCCGGCUAUGCUGGAGUACUUUCUUGGGCUUUGA